AUGUUCAAGAUCCUCGCCCUGAUCGCUUGUCUGGCCAUCGUUGCCUCAGCCCAGUACCAUGGUGAACCUGAGCACAAGGAACAUCAUGCUUACCCGAAGUACAAGUUCGAGUAUGGAGUGAAGGACCCGCACACCGGAGACCACAAGACCCAGUGGGAAGUGCGUGAUGGAGAUGUCGUCAAGGGAGCAUACACUCUGCAUGAGGCCGAUGGAACCGAGCGUGUGGUCGAGUACAAGUCGGACGGUCACAACGGAUUCGAGGCUGACGUGAAGAAGGUCGGUCAUGCUCAUCACCCCGAAAAGUACUCCAGCCACCCCGUCCACGUUCCAGUGCAUAAGCCUGUGCAUGUCCCAGCUCCAGUCCAUGUUCCGGAGCAGCACGUCCAUCAUGGAUACUCCGGUGCCAGCUACGUCAACGUUGACAAGGAUCGUGGAGUCGUCAGCCGGCGUAUAAAUAGGCAGGCGCGUGCUACGGUAAGGUAUCAGUUUCACAUUAGCCUUCUCAUCGUCAACAUUCAAACCAGCCAAUUAGCAGCAAAAAUGUUCAAAAUCUUCGCUCUCGUCGCCUGUCUGGCCGUGGUUGCUUCCGCCCAAUACUAUGGAGGAGAGCACGGACUCAGCGGAUACGCUCAUCAUCACGAGGAGCCCAAAGACUACUACGCCUACCCGAAGUACAAGUUCGAGUAUGGAGUGAAGGACCCGCACACCGGUGACCACAAGAGCCAGUGGGAAGUGCGUGACGGUGAUGUCGUCAAGGGACAGUACUCGCUGCACGAAGCCGACGGUACCGAGCGCGUGGUCGAGUACAAGUCGGACAAGCACAGCGGUUUCGAAGCCGUCGUCAAGAAGGUCGGCCAUGCCCAUCACCCGCAGGUGUACGGUGGACAUCACUACUAGGAUCACCACUGUGUUGUCAUACUCCUUCGUGUGAAGGAGGAUUAGUCCAAUGUUCUAUCCGCUGCAACUGGUCUACGUUAGAGCUGGAAGCAUUUUUUUCCUAAACCCCCGAAUGUGAUAUCUUCUACUGAGCGCUAUGCGAACCUCAACAAGCUGAACGACACUCAGAAAUAUACAAUUGAAAACAUUU